AUGGCAGAUAAUGAAGAGUUUAUGGACGAGGAGGUUCAGGAAGAAGUAGAUGAUUCAAAAGCCAAACCUAAGUUUAUGACAAACAUUCAGGCACCAAAAAUUCCAGAGGGAGAAAAAGUAGACUUUGAUGACAUCCACCGUAAGCGUCAAGAGAAGGACCUGGCAGAGCUGGAGGCUCUGAUCGAGGCUCACUUCGUCCAGAGGAAGAAAGAGGAAGAGGAACUCAUCGCCCUGGUCAACAGGAUCGAGAAGCGUCGCACGGAGAGGGCCGAGCAGCAGAGGAUCCGAGCUGAGAGAGAAAAGGAGCGACAGGCCAGACUAGCGGAGGAGAAGGAGAGGAAGGAGCAGGAGGAACAGAGGAAGAAGCAGGAUGAAGACGCCAAGAAGAAGAAAGCUCUCACCAACAUGACCCACCAAUAUGGAGGCCUUCAACAGAGAACUGACGGCCGCAGAGGAGGCAAGAAACAGACAGAGAGGGAGAAGAAGAAGAAGAUUCUGGCGGACAGACGGAAGCCUCUGAAUAUUGACCAUCUCAGCGAGGAGAAGCUCAAGGAAAAGGCUAAUGAGCUGUGGCAGUGGAUGAUGGAGCUGGAAACGGAGAAGUUUGAUCUGUCUGAGAAGCUGAAACGCCAGAAGUAUGAUAUCACUCAGCUUCUUGUUCGGGUUCAGGACCACCAAAGUGCGAAGGGACGUGGCAAGGGCAAAGUGGGCGGCAGGCUGAGGUAGAAGUGCUGACCGCUACAAUAGGCAAAAGCUCAGAGAUGGAAAAGUUCUGGCUUUGUGCACAGUACAGCCUUUUGUGUUUUGUCCCAGUCAUUAAAGAUUAUGCAACUCUACGUGUGAGAAUUCGCUGUACAUUUCUGCUUGACGUUUUUUUCUCUGUCAUUUGACCUUAUGAAUAAA